CGAGACGGUCGCUGCCUCUCGUCUUAUCGCGUGUGUUGUGUCCUAAAGUGUUGUGGCCGCUGCGCUGAAGCGCCUUCUUCAUCUCGCAGAUUCGGGCAGCGCCCGGCCGCAUCGCGGCCUGUGAAGUUUUUUGUUUUUUAUUCACGUCAUUUUUGAUUUUAUUUCCCUGAAAGUGACAAAAGUGAUUUGUGAAGUGCUGAGUGACUGUGUCAACAUGAUGUUACCCGUACUCACCGCCCUCGUGGCCCUGCUCUCUAUAGGAGCAGUGCACUGCGAGGAUGAAACGAUCGGCCCGAUAUUCAUGAAGGAACCCCCAAACCGAGUAGAUUUUAGCAACACGACCGGCGCCGUAGUUGAAUGUGCUGCACGCGGAUCCCCCACCCCUGACGUCAUCUGGGUUAGAGCUGAUGGUACCGCUGUUGGAGAUGUGCCCGGAUUGCGACAGGUUUUGCCGAACGGAAACCUCGUAUUCCCACCUUUCCGUGCGGAGGACUAUCGUCAAGAGGUACAUGCUCAGGUGUAUGCUUGUCUAGCCAGGAACCCCGUCGGCACCAUUCAUUCCCGUGACGUUAAUGUGCGAGCUGUGGUUUCUCAAGCGUACGCUGUUAAUCUAAUGGAGGAAUAUGUGUUGAGAGGGAAUGCUGCCAUCUUGAAAUGCCACAUCCCCAGUUUCGUGUCUGAAUAUGUUAAUGUCAUCUCCUGGAUUAUCAGCGAAGGCGAUGAGGAGUUAGAAAUUAAACUCGAAUCUGAUGAAAAUUUUGAUGAGGGGAAAUACCUAGUACUUCCAUCUGGUGAAUUACAUAUCCGUGAUGUUGGCCCCGAGGAUGGUUACAAAUCUUACCAAUGCCGCACUAAGCAUAGACUUACCGGAGAAACCCGAUUAUCCGCUACUAAGGGACGCUUAGUCAUCACAGAGCCAGUGGGCCGCGUGCCCCCCAAGUUCCCCAGUAGCUCGCAGAUCACCAGCGGCUUCCUGUUUAGAGAGUCCUCUAGCGUCGCCGUGCAGUGUCCCGCACAGGCAUACCCCGCUCCCAUGUACCGAUGGUACAAAUUCAUCGACGGCACGACAAGGAAGCAGCCCGUUGUACUGAACGACAGAGUGAAGCAGGUCUCUGGAACUCUUAUUAUUAAAGAGGCUAAAGUCGAGGAUUCUGGGAAAUAUUUGUGUGUUGUCAAUAACUCUGUCGGAGGUGAAUCUGUUGAAACUGUUCUGACUGUAACCGCACCUCUCAAAGCAACUGUGGAACCCGCUACUCAAACAGUCGAUUUCGGCAGACCCGCUGUCUUUACUUGCCGCUACGAGGGCAACCCUAUUAAGACUGUGACAUGGCUCAAAGACGGCAAAGAUAUGAAUCAUCAUGACGCUAUCCUAAGGAUUGAAUCUGUCAAGAAAGAGGACAAGGGCAUGUAUCAGUGCUUCAUCAGGAACGACCAGGAAAGUGCCGGUGCCAGCGCUGAACUCAAACUUGGAGGACGAUUCGAACCACCCCAAAUCCGCCACAACUUCGGCGAACAAACUCUGCGCUCCGGGCCACCUCUGCGAUUGAGGUGCGUCGCUUCCGGCAACCCAACACCCGACAUCGCGUGGCUGCUCGACGGCGACAAGCUGAGCAGCGGCGACCGCCUGCAGAUCGGACAAUUCGUCACCGCUGAUGGCAACGUUGAGUCAAACCUCAACAUCUCCUCCGUGCACACCAAUGACGGCGGCUUGUACUCCUGUAUCGCAUCCAGCAAGGUGGGUAGCGCAUCUCACGCGGCUCGCGUCAACGUGUACGGCCUGCCCUACGUGCGACCCAUGAAGAAGCGGCCCGUCGUCGCCGGAGACACGCUCAUCGCGCACUGCCCCGUCGCCGGAUACCCCAUCGAGUCCAUCGUCUGGGAACGUGACAACCGUGUACUGCCCAUCAACCGCAAACAAAAGGUGUACCCCAACGGCACACUUGUGAUCGAGAAUGUGGAGCGCAUGAGUGACCAGGCCACCUACACUUGCGUCGCCAAGAACUCGCAGAGCUACACCGCCAAGGGAACUUUGGAAUUGCAAGUCAUGGUUCCUCCGCACAUCGUUCCUUUUGAUGCUGAAGAGCCGGUUUUUGCUGGAGAAUCUGUGCAGUUGAACUGUCACAUCAACAAGGGUGAUGCACCUAUUGCUAUAACAUGGAGUUUUCACGGAAAAGAUUUAUCGUCGCACCAAGGAAUAACGACAAUGAAGAUCGGGCAACGGACGUCGUUACUGACAAUAGCUAGCGCCACCGCGAGCCACAGCGGAGAAUAUGCUUGUCACGCGAGCAAUCAUGCUGGCCUCGCGGUCCAUUCCACCUUGGUCAAUGUACACGUCGCACCACAAAUUACACCGUUCGAUUUCUCUGAAGACAUCUUGAACGCCGGUGACACGGUGUCGCUCAUAUGUACGGUGGGCAAGGGAGACCUGCCGCUUAGCAUCCACUGGCUACUCAAUAACGAAACCUUAAACUCUGGAAACAGCAUCCUUAUAAAUAGGAAUGGUAAAAGGAUUUCAGUGUUGAGCAUAGAGAAUGUGCAGCACGAACACAUUGGUAACUACACGUGCAUUGCCGAGAAUGAGGCUGGUCGCAGCACUCACAGCGCUCUACUCAAUGUCAACGUUGGACCGCAAAUAAUGCCUUUCGAUUUCGGAACGGAGCCCAUAAACGACCAGGAAAUGGCAGCUGUAACGUGCACGGCUAGCAAAGGGGAUUCCCCAUUCACUUUACAAUGGUAUUUUAACGGGCAAAUUAUAAAGUCUGGCAUUAACGGUGUCGUACUCUUUAACACUAAAAGAACGAGUCAACUCAGCAUCGAGUCUGUCAGUCAUCACCACCAGGGAAAUUAUACGUGUCUCGUGAAAAAUCAGGCGGGCUCGGUCAACCACACGGCCGAGUUAUAUGUGAACGUUCCCCCACGUUGGAUUCUUGAGCCCACUGACAAAGCUUUUGCUCAAGGCUCUGACGCUAAAGUCGAAUGUAAAGCCGAUGGCUUCCCCAAGCCUCAAGUGACAUGGAAGAGGGCAGAAGGGGAUACGCCUGGCGAUUACAAAGACCUUAAACCAAACAAUCCCAAUGUAAAAGUUGAGGACGGAACAUUGACCAUUAACAAUAUUCAAAAGACCAACGAAGGUUACUAUCUCUGUGAAGCCGUCAAUGGUAUUGGAUCCGGUCUUUCUGCCGUUAUUCUAAUUAGUGUACAAGCACCUCCUCAAUUCGAAAUUAAAAUGAGAAACCAAACUGCACGCCGAAGCGAACCAGCUGUUCUGCAAUGCCAAGCUAAAGGUGAAAAGCCCAUUGGAAUCAUCUGGAACAUGAACAACAAACGCCUAGAACCGAAAUCCGACCCUCGCUAUACGAUUCGCGAAGAGAUUCUGCCCGGAGGAGUAGUCUCUGACCUGAGCAUCCGACGCACUGAAAGAUCCGAUAGCGCCCUCUUUACUUGUGUAGCCACCAAUGCCUUUGGAUCCGAUGACACCAGCAUCAAUAUGAUUAUCCAAGAGGUACCCGAAGCUCCUUAUGGCCUGAAAGUACUCGACAAAUCCGGCAGAACCGUCCAACUGUCUUGGGCCGCACCUUACGAUGGCAACUCUCCCAUCAAGAAGUUCCUCAUUGAAUACAAACGGGCUAAGGGCAACUGGGAAAAGGAUAUCGACCGAGUACUCGUCCCCGGCGACGCGACCGAAGCUGGUGUAUUUAGCCUCCGCCCCGCCACUGCUUACCACAUCAGAAUCGUAGCUGAGAACGAACUGGGAACAUCCGAGCCUUCCGAGACUGUCACUAUUAUAACCGCCGAAGAAGCACCCACUGGCAUGCCUCAAGAUGUUAAAGUUGAUGCUGUUGACAAACAUACACUCCGAGUUACAUGGAAACCUCCCCCACCUCAGGACUGGAAUGGUGAACUCCAAGGAUAUUACGUAGGCUACAAACUGGCUUCCAGCAACAAAUCAUUCGUAUUCGAGACCGUCGACAUCUCUAAGGAAUCCGGCAAGGAGCAUCAUCUCGACAUUUUGAAUCUGAAGACCUACACUCAAUACGCGAUCGUGGUACAAGUAUUCAACAAGAUGGGAUCUGGACCCGUGUCUGGUGAGGUCCGCGCCUACACUGCUGAAGGUGCCCCCUCCGCGCCUCCUCAAGACGUCCUGUGCACCACGCUCACCGCUCAGACCAUCCGCGUCUCCUGGGUGUCCCCGCCUCUUGCCGCCGCUAACGGACUCAUCAAAGGCUACAAAGUUAUCUACGGACCUAGCGACACUUGGUAUGAUGAGAAAUCGAAGGACACAAAGAUCACAGCGAGCAGCGAAACCAUUCUGCACGGACUGAAGAAGUUCACCAACUACUCGAUGGAAGUGCUGGCGACCACCAACGGCGGCGACGGCGUGCGCUCCGCACCCAUACACUGCCAGACUGAACAGGACGUUCCCGAAGCACCGCGCGCUGUGAAAGCUCUGGUUAUGGGAGCCGAUUCAAUCCUGGUAUCGUGGAGGCCGCCCGCGCAACCCAACGGCCUCGUCACCCACUACAACGUCUACACACAAGCACAGAACACUGAACCUCAUCCUAAUAAAGUCCCUGCGUCUCAAACGAGCUACUCCGCGACAGAACUGAAGCCCGGCCGCUACGACUUCUGGGUGACUGCUUCCACCAUCAUCGGAGAAGGUCAACCCUCAGCCACCGCAUCUUGCAGCCCCAACGACAAAGUUCCCGCUAAAAUCGCAUCAUUCGACGAAUCAUUCACUGCUACGUACAAGGAGGACGUCAAACUGCCCUGUCUCGCCGUCGGUGUUCCCUCGCCUAAUAUCAUCUGGAAGGUAAAAGGUCAGCCCCUGGAGAGUUCGGAGCGCGUCCGUCAGCUGCCGGAGGGCUCGCUGCAGAUCGCGGGCGUGGCGCGCGAGGACGCCGGCGAGUACUCCUGCCAUGUCGACAACCAGUUCGGCACCGACACCGUCACACACACGCUCUCCGUACUCGCGCCACCUUUCCCCCCUCAGCUGAGCAUCGCGUCGUCGUCCGUGUCUUCUCUGACGCUGCGCCUCAAACCCUCGCUAGAGGCCGAGCAGUCUCCCGCCGCCGGAUACACCAUACACUACAAACAGGAAUUCGGCGACUGGGAAACUGUACAGAUUCCUAGCAACACUGAUACGUAUACUUUGGAAAACUUGUUCUGCGGAUCCAGAUAUCAGCUUUACGUCACUGCUUACAAUGGUAUCGGUACUGGCGAGGCAUCGGACGUAGUGAUCGCCCGCACACGGGGCUCUAAGCCGCCAGUGCCGCGCGCCGCUGACUUCAUCGAGGUGGGCAGCUCCUCCGUCACUCUGCAUCUCAAGCAAUGGCUGGACGGCGGCUGCCCCAUGAGCCACUUCGUCGUCGAGAACAAGAAGAAGGGAGCCGCUGAAUGGAACCAAAUCUCCAACGCCGUGAAACCCGGAGGCAAUUUCGUUGUACUCGACCUGGAACCCGCUACCUGGUAUGUACUGAGGAUCACAGCACACAACAACGCCGGAUUCAACGUCGCUGAGUACGAAUUCGCUACUCUCACCAUGACUGGAGGUACAAUCGCCCCCGCGCGCGACGUCAACGACGGCAACCUCACCACGGAACAGACCAUCAAGAUCAUCCUGUCGCAUCUGAAUCUUAUCGUGCCCGUGGUGGCGGCCAUCCUCGUCAUUAUCAUAGCCAUCGUUGUCGUGUGCGUGGUGCGCGGCGCCAGGGACCACCAUCACAAAGGUAUCACAUUGGGCACCAUCGCCCCCCUCCCCGGCAACGCCGGCGACAAGGACCUGCCCCCCUGGGUCAGAGCCUGGCUCGAACCUGAAGUCCUCGUGCCCAUACUUGCCACCAUCGUGGUCUUCAUCGUCGGCGUUGUGGUGAUCUGCCUCACCCUCGCCCGGAGGAACACUCCUCACCGCCUGCGAGGUCAGAAGGACGCAUACUAUGACGCAGUGUACAACGCAUCGCAAGCAGCGCUGGGCGGCGGCGCGGGCACACUGGACAAGCGCGGCGGACUGCGCGACGAGCUGGGCUACAUCGCGCCCCCCAACAGGAAGCUGCCCCCCGUGCCGGGAUCCAACUACAACACAUGCGACCGGGUCAAACGUCAGGCUGUCAUCAUGGGCGCGCACUCCACGUGGGACCCGCGCAGGCACCACUACGAGCGCGUGCGCAGACCGCGCCUCCGCCGCACCGGAUCUGGCGACACCAUCUCUACAGGUAUGGAAGACGAGAUCUGCCCCUACGCAACGUUCCACCUGCUAGGCUUUCGCGAGGAGAUGGACCCGAGCAAGGCGCUGGCGUUCCCGCACCACCACCCCGGCCACCCCGCGCACCCCGCACACGCCGCACACACCCCGCACGCCGGCACCCUGGCGCACCCCCACCCGCACCACCCCGCACACUCGCGCGCUGGAUCUCAGAGCAUGCCCCGUGCCAACAGCCGCUACGCUCGCAAGAACUCUCAGGGCGGACAGAGCGCUAUCUACUCCACGGCUCCUGAGUACGACGACCCCGCUACCUGCGCUGAAGAGGACCAAUACCGCGCCCGCUACUCUCGCCCGAUGUACGCCUGCGGCCCUGAAUAUGACGAGCCUGCUUGCUGCCAGCCUGAAGACGAACAGUACACCGGCGCUUACGGCACACCCUACUCCGACCACUACGGCUCCCGACCCAGCAUUGGAACUCGCAAAUGCGGCAGCUCCCCCGAGCCUCCCCCACCCCCACCCCGCAACGCCAACACCGACAACAACUGCUCCUCCUCCUUCAACGAGAGCAAGGACUCCAACGAGAUCUCCGAGGCCGAGUGCGACCAGCCCCGCAACUACCCUGUCAGGGCCCACACUGCCAAGGACGGCUUGCACAGCGAGGAAAUGAGAAAACUCAUUGACAGACCAGAAGCAAACACCCCAAUCCCCCAGCAAGCAGUCCACGGGCGGGGGGGACUCACAGCCUACGAUACUGUGGCAGUGUAACCUGUAAACCUGCGCUAAAAUUUACUGCCUACUCAACGCGACACAUAUUGCAAUUAAUUUAACCAAAUCAUUAACACCAUCUCUCUACUACGCAUUUCUACAGCUUCCAAAUUUGUUAAAGCGAUUUUUUUUAUCAGCCCAUGAUCUGUACGCUUAACUAUCUAAUUUGCAAUCGUUGUUAGCGAGAUGGUGAUUUUGACACUUAAUUUUUUUUAGUCUCCCGAAUACGUGUGUCGCACAGUUUCUUUUCAUUCGUUUUAAAUUUAUCCCAACUUAGUUGCUGGAUUAUUUCUACACUUCGUUGUGGCACUUUUGUGCCAUAUUCAAGUUGAUUCUCAUUGCGACAUCGACUAUAUUGGAGAUUUGGCAAAGUUGGGCGGCAUAUCCUGUAGCCAACUUAAUUGGAGUGUUUCGUCACUUUGCGCGUAGUGUUACCAUACAAAAACGGAAUUAUGGUUGUGGUAGUUAUUUCAAAUUGAUAUAUUCCCUUUAGAAAAAAGUGACGUCUUCCCAAAAAAAUUUGCGCGCCUCCCAACUUUGCUACAUUCAGUUGUCUACAAAUUAAGUCAUUUUUUUUAUUUCGACUAACUUUUGUCUUAUUUGUUCAGCUUAAUUUAAAACUUUAACGAAGCUGGAGUUUGGGGUGGUUUUAAGUUUCGAUUUAAAUUAAGCUCAACACGUAAUUAAUGUGAUAUUUUGUAUUUUUUACCCAUUUUAUUUUUUAAUUGAAGUGGACUAACACAAACAAUAUUUAUAAUUAUGUACUCGUAGUUUGUAAUGAUACCCGGCGACCUCGAGUCGUCUUGAUGCUUCCUUUUUGCUGUUAUAUUUUUCGUAAUGCUUUUACCAUUUACGUUAUCGCCAUGUCCUACAUGAUUUUUAAACGUUUUUUUUUAUGUUUUUACGUCAAUAUUACGUACACUACUUUAUUAAGAAUUAGAGUUAAGUAAUUUACUAAUCAUAAUUAAUCAAUUCUUUAAAUAAAGUACUAUGUAAUCUGUAGUUAACGACUUAAGUGACAUGUUACUCAUUAUAACAAUAAAUUACUAAAGGAUAAAUACGAUAGGCAACAGGCAACUUAUACUCAAAAUGCAAUUGGUACCCAAAACUAACUGAUAUGAAAUUAUUCAAACAUUUUACUCAACAUUAUUAUAAAUUAAGGUGCAUUUUUUCUAUAAUUAUAAUCUUCUCUUUCUAUAUUAUAUGCAAAUAAAUUAGGUAUAAGACACGGGCGUGUCAUUUUCUAGUUUUACCUUAUGUGUUGUGCUUUGUGUAAGCUUGGCAACGUAGUAUAGAUAGGUUCCCCAUACUUACUACUCAACUUCUAUCCAAACUUCCAUUUAGAUAUUUCGGAUAAAUUGAAAAGGAUAGUUAAAAAUUAAUAAUUCUAUUCAAAAUUAUAAUAUUAGCUGUUCGAUCGUUAAAUUAAGGUAAAAUGAUAUCAGCGUAAACUUUUUGAUGGGAUUGAUUUCAAUAAUUAUUGCAUUUCACCAGCAGCUGUUCUAAGUUCAUCAAUUUAACAAAAUGUUUGCGAUUAGACAUUGCUUGCGCAACUAACUGUUUGUACCAAAGUGUUUGAUUUGUGUUAAAUAAAGUAUUCUUACGUCGAC